UGUGUAUGUGUGUGUGUGUGUGUGUGUGUGUGUCUGUCUGUCUGUCUGUAUCAGCGGAUCAGGGGAGAGUGAAAGCAACACAGAUUAACUACGAAAGGAAAGCCAGACUUGUUUUUCCUGUUUCUGCAUAUCUCGAGAAUGUGGGACGUCCUCGUGUAAACAGCUAAGCUCAGUGCUCCAACAGCUCAGCACCAGGAUUGGUCUCUGUGCCUUUUUUAAAGACUCAAACCACAAUAAAAGAUGUCUAAAUCACCGCCUCCGGUGGUCCCCAGAAAGCAUUCAGGUGUCAGAGUCAUGAUAAUUCCAGGACAGCAGCCCGCUCCUGCUGGUCUGCCCACCUACACAGGUUUUGGCAAGGAGAAUGGUGCCAGUGGGGAGUCAAAUCAUACAUCUCUACUUAAUGCAGAGAGAGAAGUGGAGAUUAUGAAUCACUGCUUUGACGAUGUGGAGCGAUUCAUGGCACGCUUGCAGCAGACAGCUGAGGCCCAGACUAUUCUCAACCAAAGGAGGAAAAAGAGAAGCAGAAAGAACAAGAAGAAGGAGGAUCAUGAUGAUGAUUUGUUGACCCUGAAAGCUCUCCCUCCAUCUGAGGAAGAAUUUGUAGACAUCUUUCAAAAAAUCAAGUACUCCCUCAGUCUGCUGGAUCGUCUCAAGUCAUCCAUCAAACAGCCUGACGCACCAGAGCUGCUGCAUUCCAUCUUUGUACCUCUUAGACUGAUGGUGAAGACCACUGGAGGGCCAGCGUUAGGAGCGUCAGUGCUCAGUCCUGCUAUGACCAGUGGUGCUGUUUCACUGCUUCAGGAGCAUCUGACCAAAGAUGAAAAGGAGCUCUGGACUUCAUUAGGGCCCAACUGGAUUUCACCCUGUUCACAACUCAGUGUGUCUGUCCCUCCAUACUCACCUGUCUUCCUGGAUGGGUGGCAGCCUCAGGCUUAUGACUCAACUGGCCAGUUUUGCGAAGAUCCGAUCCAGUCGCAGCACAAAGAAGAUGCUCUCAUGGAAAGUAGGGGGGCGCGAAAUCUACAGGCGCAAGCUCGACAGAUAGCACAGAGCCCGGGUGAAGGCACUGAUGAAGUAGAAGGAAAUGGGCUUCCACCAGAGGGUGAGAGACUUUUCUGCUGCAGUUACGACUUUGUGGCCAGAAACAGCAGUGAGCUCUCUGUGCUACAAGGAGAAACAUUAGAGGUCAUCGAGUCGUCGAAGCGGUGGUGGAAGUGUCGGAAUCGCUUUGACCAGAUAGGAUUUGUCCCCUUUAAUAUCCUGGAGCCUCUGUCUGCGUUGAAUAACACUGGAGGAGGCAGCCCCGUGGUACUUAGAGAUUCAAAGACGCCCCUUUCCCCUCGGACAAAGUACUUCUCAUAUGCUCCACCAAGCCCAGUUAGGACUAGUCCUGCUGCUACAAGCCCGAUGCGACCACAGAGCAUGAUUUUACCAUCGCAAAUGAUGCAAGGAGAAGACAGUGACCCAGUCCUGAUAAUAAAUGAUGAGCUCCUUCAGCGGCUAGCUGGGAGAAGAGACUCAGCCCGUCCGCCAGUGGUCCCCCGCACAGCUGACACUUCUACUCCCCUGAACUACCACUCACCAGCUGUUGAGGUGGAGGCCUGGCUCAACACCAAGGGCUUCAGCCAACAGACAGUACAGAGUCUGGGCAUUUUAAAUGGAGCGCAGCUUUUUUCCCUGGAUAAAGGUGAACUCUGCACCGUGUCACCGGACGAAGGCCAGAGAGUCUACAGCCAAAUUAUGGUGCAGAAGGCCCUUCUUGAGGAUGUGCGCAAAGCAACAGAACUAGAGACGGCAAUGGAGAAACAAAAGCUGAAGAUCGACCUGAACUUGGAGAGUGAUAUAGUGUGACGGACAUCCACUAACAGACAUGGCAACAAAGAUCAAUGGAGAUCAAUGUGGUUAAGCAUAUACAGAGAUGCUGCAGCUGAAUUGUAUUCUUUUAAUCGUACAUGCUGUAUAUCUACAUGCUACAAAUUCAUCAACAAAAGUAAGCUGCGUUAAAAGUAAAGCUCACUCACUAACACUCUGAUUGACUAUUUUGGAUUUUUACAUGUAUUUAAGAAAGAGGGGCUUUAAAACUUCAACUUCUUGCCAGAGUUUUACUUCAAGGUUCUGUAUACAUUGUUCAGAGCAUUAAUAUAGCAGAGAACCAAUAUUUGGAGUAAUGGCAUCCAGAGCAGAGAAUGAAGUCAGACUACCUCUGUGUGUGUUGUUAUCCGAGCCUCUUUGUUUGCUGCUUUGGUAGCCGGUCCUGCCAUAUGUACAUUUAUUGCAUUUAACGUCUCGUUCCCGCAUAGCUCUGUGUACAUUAGCAUGUCAGCUGAAAGUCCAUUCAUUCCUGUGAGAACCUCUGUGAUCGCCAGUGGGUUUGCUAAACCUUUGGACUGAAUGCACUGAAUACGGCAAGUUUGGAGCCUAUCCCAGCUGACAUUGGGCGAGAGGCACAUUCACACCUACGGACAAUUUAGAGUCACCAAUUAACCUAUCCCCAACUUGCAUGACUUUGGACUGUGGGAGGAAGCCGGAGAACCCCGAGAAAACCCAUGCUGACAUGGGGAGAACAUGCAAACUCCGCACAGAACACAGAAGGGCUCCCAUACCCGGGAUCAAGCCAGGAACCCUCUUGUUGUGAGGCAUCAGUGCUAACCCCCACACCAUGGUGCCACCCCUAUGUUGAGAACCGUGUGCAGACAAUCUGUAUCAGACUGUGAAUCAUAGAUAUGCUCUGAAUGUUGUAUACAGCUCCUUCAAGCUAUUCUGACUGUUUGGUGUUCAUAGUAUGUUUUACAAUUUAAAUAUUUCUGUCAUAAGUUGUUCAGGCAAUAUCUAAAAAUACUGUGCAAUAAACCAAAUCACAUGCUGAUGAUUAGUUUGGUGUGCUAACAACAAUGGACUGAAAUGUCUUUUUAGUGG